AAUGUCUGCGCCCAUGUUAACUUGACUAGAUAAUUUUUUGAGAUGGUUAUUUUAAAUAUAAACAGGGAAUUUAUUUCAGCAUUUUAUUAUGGAAAACAUAAGCUUUUAUAUUUGGAUUGUUUGUUUUAUCCUGAUGUCCCCAACCGUGAAGAAUGCAGAGGAAAACCUAGCUUCAAAAUUACGUGCAGAAAGAAUGCACAGAAUGAAAUGUGGUUAUGAAUUGAAGACACUUUGGACAGCUGAGCUAGCACAUGCACCCUUUGCAGCUGCCCCUCUAGUGACCCUUGUUGAUGAUGACCAAAAACUAGAUAUAGUGGCUGCUCCGUUCAGCGAAAGCUUCUCAGUUCUCAAUUCAGAGACCGGCAAAAUACUAUCACAAACAGCUUGGCCAGCACUUAAUCUGGAUAAUUCUGUGCAUGCUAGUCCUAUACAGUUUGAUAUCAAUAAUAAUGGGCAAUUAGACAUCCUCUUUACAACAUCUUCAGCUGAGCUAAGAUUUUAUACACCUGCAGGACACUUUCUACGAAAUCAAACUGUACAGCUGCCUCCUGCUUAUGUUGCAUCUGAUUGGUACAAAUCAGACCUUGUUGUGAAGUUUGAAGACAUCGAAAAAUAUACAUCAUUUUCACAAACCGAAGAUAGCAAGUAUUUGCCAAUUGAUCCUCAUGUUUUGGCCACACCUAUACUUGCUGAUUUAAACAACGACUUUAGAGUAGAGGAACUGGUGAUUCCUGUGUCUUAUUUUUAUGAAGAGGAUGACUACAGGGUGAAGGAAAAGUUGAAAACACUGGGAGGACUGGAGUUUUCUGAUAUUGACAAGUACUUGGUGGCUGGUAUCACAGUGCUGAAUUUGACGACUGGACAAACCAUUUGGAACAAAUUAUUGGACCUCACUCAGGUCGAUGCAACAUUUCCCGCCUACAACAUUUUUUCACCCACCGUAAUUGACUUUGAUGUUGAUGGAGGUCAGCUGGAGGUCAUCAUGGGUACAUCUGCUGGAAGUCUCUUCGUAUUUAACCAGGAUGGCUCAGUAAGGACUGGCUGGCCAGUCAGUCAAAACACUAUACAUGGACAAAUCACAGCAGCUGACUUGGCUGGUGAUGGAGUGGUGAAGAUUAUAACCAUUGACACCAGCGCCAAUGUGAUUUGUUACAACAAGGAAGGAAACAAACUCUGGGAGUCUGUCGUCUCUGGCACCUCAUCGCCCGGGAGUCGCCUGUAUGAUGUCGACAAGGAUGGAACAAUGGAUAUUAUUAUUACUACUGAUGAUGGAUUCAUCUAUGCUUUGAAUGGAGUAACUGGCACAGUACUACCAGACUGGCCAGUGUCUGUGGGGGCAAGGAUGACGGCAAAUGUACUCAUCACAAGGGUCUCCAACACCCACACUACCCCAGACAUGGUUGUAAUGGCAGAUGAUGGAUCUAUUCAUCUGAUAUCGAUGGAUCUGAAAUGCAAAUCACAGAUUCCUCUUGGAGAAACCUCAUUGGUCCAGGUCUUAUCACAUGACCUGAUCAAAUGGUUUUCUGGAAUGGAGCUGUUGGUUGCUACUAGUGAUGGAACACUAAUGUGCUUGGCAACUGGACAAGAACUAGCGGAAUUUGAUGAUGCCAGGGAUGAAACUCUUAGAAGCAACCAUAUGUUGUCUUUGACUUCUGAAACAAAGACUGCAAAUGACUUUUCCUUCUCAGAGAAAAAGACAGGUGUUUAUAUCACCACUACCAACAAAAUUGAAACAGAGGUCACAGGAGAAACAUUUCCUGUGGAAUUUGAAAUCAUUGACCCCUUGUACAAGCCCGGUAAAUCCAAGUACUUUGUGGCUAUAUAUUUUGGAAAUAGAUUGCUGAUGCAAGGAGAAUUUCCUGAACCAAAGACUUAUAAUGUACAAGUCCCUGCUGGGGAGGAGCCAAGUCAAGGUCAUGUGACUGUGAGAUUGACCAAUCAGUAUGGACAAAUUUUUGAAGACAGAUUUUCAUUAAGAUUUAAUAAAUUGAUCAUGGAGGAUCUACAAUGGCUUCUGUUAGCCCCCUUCGUUGCCAUGAUUAUUAUUCUGUUGGUUCUUCAUGGGUUUCCUGCCAAAGACUUGCUACCCUACACGAACCAGUCCAAAAGUAACUGACAGGGUACAAGUUUUCCAUUUCCAAGAAGAUCUCCAUCCUUUGAUCUAGUGGUAUUUGUUGCAGUGGCCAGCUUGGUGCAGUUCUUCUACUAUGUGUUGACUGUGAUGUAUCAACUAGGAACCAUGUUCAAAAGAUAUCUUAAACUAUUUCCUAUUCCAAGACUGUGUUACAAUUGAAUGAAGUGUGUGGAUUUGACAUUUCAGCUGUUUGAUACUGUGUGGAGUGAAUGUAGUAUUGAAGUAUAUAGAGGCAAUGAAAAAGUAAGGUUUAGAUGAUCUACUGGUAGGUUUUGAACCUGUGAAUGUUUGUGAAGAAUGUGCACACAUUGUUCAUGUGUAUAGCUGUUAUUUCAUCUACAUUUCAUUAUGCACAUACAUUGUGUGUACAUGUACAUAUAUAUGACCUUGGUACAUGAACUGUUAUUUAAUAUAUGAUAUGUUUGGGAAUAACAGGUUGUGAAAUUGAUUGGUUUACAUGUAAUUAUAAAUUACAUGUAUAUAACAUUAUUUAAAUUGCAUAUAAGUACAUUUAUAUUUGUACAUAGUAACUUCAAAAUUAUACUGACCACAUGUGAACAUGACACAAGCCUUUAAAAAGUUAGAACCAUUUUAACAAGACCUUGGACUUUCGGUUGGAGGUAACUAUUUAUUUCUUGCAUCAAAACAGGUUAAAAAUGAUGCUGGUUUUGAGUGAAAUAUGCAUGGAUUGCAGCUCAAACACCAGACAAAUAUUCUUGAUUUCAAAGAACCAUUACUGAGUGGCCAACAAUGAAAUAGACAGGCCUACGUCACAUUGCUCUUUGACAGUACUACCCAAAGUCCAAGCUCCUGUUAAAAGGGCUCUAUUCAUUUUCAUAUACUGUCCUAAACAAGAUCACUGACGCAACAUUUUUAUCCAACAUUGUAGACAUGAAUAACUGUAAAUAACAUCAACUGAUUGCCAGAUAAUUACGUAUUUAUCUGCAAUAAAACAUCUGACAGAGUCUAUAAAAUUGUGUUUGCUCAAUUAAUUUGUUUUGCAUAAUAACCAUGGAUUUAUAGUGUAUAUGUUAAAGUCUACAUCAUUGUAUUUACAUUCUGUAUUUAAGACAUAGAAAUGGUAACAAAAUUUGAAUUACCAGUUAUACUACUUGUUGAACUUGACCUAAUGCUGUACAACCAAAUUGCUUUAAGAAAUGUAUUCUAUGAUACAAUCAAGUAUAAACAUGUGCUUAUUUUCCA